AUGGAGGUGACCCCCGUUGCUCUAAUGUGUUGGGAAGGUAAUUCCACCGUGGUGGAAGUUCAAAAGUUAGGAGGUUUCUGGUAUGUUUUGGAUGGAAAAACCUGGUGGAGGCAGGAGGCGUCGACUCCCCAGCAUCACCUGAAGAACUGGAAGGUGAGCACUGGUCCCACUAUAUUCAGGGUGCUGUGGAGAUGAGGCCCCUAUAGACACAAUUUCCAUGUCAAAGAGCCAGUGGAACAGGACGGAUCAGCUUUCAGUCCCUACAAUGUGAUGCUGUGGGUGGUGGCGUCAUUGCUGACACUAGUGGAAGACGUGUUUUCUGAGGAGGACAAUAAAGAGGCUCAGUCCGACCUCCGGCGUGUCCUCAGGCAGCCCUCCUUGUCUCCUGCUGAGGAUCUGGAACAAGACAGGGUGCACACACCCUGGCCUAAAGCCCUCGAGGAGUGGUCACUGAUGCAGGAAGAGGAAAUCCAGCACAGCAGAUGGCAGCGCUCCCCUCGCAACCCAAACUCGCCCAGAACAUCACGGAGGAAUCGCAAGAAGACUAAGAGCAAUCACGACUGCCACCUGGAAAGGAAGCAGAUGCGGGUGCGGGAUCUCGGUCUUGGCUAUGACUCGGACGAAAUAGUCCUCUUUAAGUACUGCGUCGGGACAUGCCAUGGCUCCCGCAAGAACUACGACCUGGCCCUGAAGGCUCUGAUGGACAAUGGGAGCAUCUCUGGCAAGAAAGUCAGCGGUCACCCUUGCUGUCGGCCCACCCGUUACGAGACCGUGUCUUUCAUGGAUACCCAGACUACCUGGCAGACAAUUAAGUGGCUCUCGGCGGCCAACUGCAGCUGUGUGGGCUGA